CGUUAUCGUAUUUGAUUUUAUCUUUCAAAGCCAAAUCUGAUCCCUUUUCUCUGUAAAAGGAAAAUUCAAAAUCCGAUUCAUCUAUAUAUAUCCAAAUCACUCCAUCAAGUUUCUAACAAUCAAUCUGAUUUUUACAUAAUCAAAAUCAUGAGUGACGAAUGUCUUUCACGUGACAACAGUACUCCAUUUUUGGAAUCCCAAUUUCACGAACAAUAUCAUGUUAAAAGAACAGGGACAGUAUGGACGGCAGUUGCGCACAUAGUGACAGGAGUAAUAGGGUCUGGAGUGUUGUCAUUGGCAUGGAGUAUUGCACAGAUUGGAUGGAUUGCAGGACCAUUAGCGAUUCUUUUGUUUGCUUCUGUUACUCUUCUUUCUGCUUUUCUUCUAAGUGAUACUUAUCGGUCUCCGGAUCCUGAAUAUGGUCCUCAUCGAAGCUCUUCUUACCUUGAUGCUGUUAAUUUACAUAAGGGAGUAGGAAAUGGACGCCUCUGCAGUGUUUUUGUAAAUAUAUGCUUAUAUGGUUUUGGAAUUGCCUACAUCAUUACAGCAUCCAUCAGCAUAAGAUCAAUCCAGGAAUCAGCCUGUUACCAUCAUAGCAAAGGGAAUGAAGGAACAUGUUAUGUGACGGAUACAUAUAACAUGCUUGUAUUUGGGGCUAUCCAAAUUGUUCUGUCGCAGAUUCCGAAUUUUCGUAACAUCGAAUGGCUCUCGAUCGUUGCAGCAAUAAUGUCCUUUGCUUAUGCUUUCAUUGGAAUGGGACUUGCCACCGAUAAAAUCAAUGAAAACGGACAUUUUGCGGGUAACAUUAGAGGCGUGCCAACUUCAACCGGAAUGGAAAAAGUAUGGCUGGUUGCGCAAGCACUCGGUGACAUAGCCUUCUCCUAUCCGUUCUCAGUAAUUCUUAUAGAAAUUCAGGACACUUUGAAAUCGCCUCCUGCGGAAAACGUAACCAUGAGGAGAGCCUCAACGAUAUCGGUUAUCAUCACAACAUUGUUUUACCUCUGCUGCGGCUGUGCUGGUUAUGCAGCUUUUGGUAAUGAUACUCCAGGAAAUCUUUUAACAGGCUUUGCAAGUUAUAAGCUUUAUUGGCUCGUAGACUUCGCCAAUGCUUGUAUAGUUAUUCACCUCGUUGGUGCAUACCAGGUGUAUAGCCAGCCACUUUACGCGAACGUUGAGAACUGGUUACGUUUUAGAUUUUCAGAGAGUGGAUUUGUGAAUUACGCAUACGACUUAAAACUCCCAUUGUUACCAAAAUUUCAACUAAGUCCACUAAGGCUAUGUUUCCGAACAUUUUAUGUCGUGACGACGACGGUGAUUGCGAUGCUGUUUCCAUACUUCAACCAGAUUUUGGGAGUUUUGGCUGGCAUAAUAUAUUAUCCAUUAACCAUAUAUUUCCCGGUGGAAAUGUAUAUUAGUCAGUGCAACAUUGAACCAUGGACAAGCAAGUGGAUUUGGCUUAGGACUUUUAGCACUGUUGGGUUUGUGGUGGGAGCUUUCACUCUCAUUGGAUCCAUUCAAGGGAUAGUAUCUGCAAAACUAAGCUGAGAAGGUUUAUGAGAAGAUGAAAUUUAGUUUUACUUUUUGAAACCAAACAUUAAACAUAGGAGAAUGUCUUAUAUAAUCAUGGAGCAUUGAUGAAUUCGAGAUUUGUUGUUUUUCUCGGUUUAGCUCUUAUUUGUAUGUUUGGAUACAAGUUUGGUGAAAUUAUAAUGAGCUAUUGAUAGUUUAAUAAAAAUUACAUUUU